AUGCAACUUGUUGAUAAUCGACUAGAUGAAACCUACUUACUCGGCGUGCAGAAGUUUUUGGAUUAUGCUUUUCAAAAAACAGGAGAAGAAUAUGAAAUACGAUGUCCAUGUGUCAAAUGUUACAAUACAACUUUAGGAACUCGUAAAAUAGUUGAGACACAUUUGAUAGUAUAUGGAAUAAUUCGCAAUUACACUUUUUGGUAUCAUCAUGGAGAACGUUUGGGUGAGCCAUUGUCAGUAUCAGAAUCAAAAUUUGAAGAUACAUCAGAAGAUGAAGAUGGUGAUGAAGUAGAAGAAUGUGAGAGUGAAGAUGAAGUAGAAGAAUUGUUGAGAGAUUUAUAUCCUAAUCUUGAAGGAGGAACUACACAUAUUGAUUGUGAUGAUUUACCUGAGGAGGAACCAAAUGCUGAAGCAAGAAAAUUUUACAACCUAUUGAAGGAUUUCGAGUUGCCUAAUACAAAAAUUCAAAAGCUUCAAAGGUGGAAAAUAAAUACACAUAGCGGGGAAACAAAGAAUAAAAAAGGUAAAAAGAUUGCAUUAAAGAGUUUACGCUAUUUUCCUUUAAAGCCUAGACUUCAGAGGUUAUUUAUGUCUACAAAGACAUCCAGUUUAAUGACAUGGCACAAUGAUAAAAGAGUUGAUGAUGGUAUAAUGAGGCAUCCGGCUGAUUCAAUGGCAUGGAAGUCAUUUGAUGAACUUCAUCCUUCAUUUGCGGUUGAGCCUCGUAAUGUUCGACUUGGACUUGCUAGUGAUGGAUUUCAACCAUUUCGAAAUUCAAAAACUUCACAUAGCAUUUGGCCUGUGGUUCUUAUUCCUUAUAAUUUACCACCUUGGUUGUGUAUGAAGCAAGAAAACUUUAUUUUUUCAAUGCUUAUUCUGGGUCCAAAUGGUCCAGGAGAUGCAAUUGAUACAUAUCUUCAGCCUUUAAUAGAGGAAUUGAAGGAGUUGUGGGAAGUUGGUAUUGAGACCUAUGAUGCAUCAACUAAGCAAAAUUUUAAGUUGCAUGCUUCUUUAUUAUGGACCAUCAAUGACUUUCCAGCAUAUGGAAAUUUAUCUGGAUGGAGUACAAAAGGAAAAUUAGCAUGCCCGUGUUGCAAUAAAGACACUUCCUCAUUUCGAUUGUCUAAUGGUAAGAAGCAGUGUUUUAUGGGUCAUCAGCGUUAUCUUUCUCAGAAUCACAAAUGGAGAAAUGAUAAAGACUCAUUUGAUGGUACAAUGGAGAAAAGGCCUCCACCAAAAGUGUGUUCUGGUAUUGAGAUACUUAAUCAAGUGCAAGAUCUUGAAGGCCUACCGUUAUCAAAAGAUCCUAAGAAAAGAAAGAAGAUAUCACAUGAAAAUCGAGAGGAUAAUUGGAACAAGAAAAACUUGCAAGAGAUGAACAUUAGGCUGGAAUUGCACCCCAUCCAAAAUGGGGAGAAAAUUGAAGUUCCAACAGCAUGCUACACAUUGUCUCCAGAAGAUAAGCACAAAUUGUGCCUUUUCUUAAAGAAUCUAAAGGUUCCUAAUGGUUUUUCAUCCAAUAUUUCUCAAUGUGUGAACUUGAAAGAUCACAAGAUAUCUGGAUUGAAAAGCCAUGAUUGUCAUGUUCUCUUGCAACAUCUACUCCCUCUUGCACUUCGUGGUAUGUUGUCAAAAGAAGUGUGUGAACCACUUAUUAAAUUAUUUAUAUUUUUUAGUGUGCUUGGAUCAAAGGAGUUGAGAAUUGAUAACUUGGAACAUAUUGAAGCACAAAAACCCAUAACACUUUGCAAGUUAGAAAAGGUCUUCCCUCCUUCAUUUUUUGAUGUCAUGGUGCACUUACCUGUUCAUUUAGCUACUGAAGCUAAGAUUGCUGGACCGAUUCAUCAUCGAUGGAUGUAUCCUGUGGAAAGAUGGUUAUAUUUUUUGAAAUCUCUCAUUGGUAAUAGAGCUUGUCCAGAAGGUUGUAUUGCAGAGGGCUAUAUUGCAAAUGAAUGUAUGACACUAUGUUCAAGGUAUCUGCAUAAAGUCGAGACAAGAUUCAAUCACAAGAUAUCUGGGUUGAAAAGUCAUGAUUGUCAUGUUCUUCUGCAACAUCUACUCCCUCUUGCACUUCGUGGUAUGCUGUCCAAAGAAGUGUGUGAACCGCUGAUUGAAUUAUCUAUAAUUUGUUAG